AUGUGUCUGCCAGCCCGAGAAGUGGCGAGUCCUCGCUCCACCGGACGACCCAUCUUCAUUGCGCCGAAGCAACGAAGUCCUUCAUCUCCCCUGCCGCCAGACUCGACGUCUCUCGCCGUAGCGCCUCCGCACGACUCGCCUUCACCUCGCACCUCGGUCUACUUGCCCGCCGAAGCGACCCUCACUCCCGCUCCCUUUUCUGCUCCCCUCGACUCGGCAGCGGGCGUCUUUCCCGGUCCUCCACCCAUUCCCUCACGUCAUCUCCUCGGUCGUAUCUCGCAAGACUUCGCUCGUCCGCCCAGCGAAACGCCUCUCUCCAUCCUUUGCGCCCAGCAAGCCGCCGAGCAGGAUACGAAGACCCGCUCAGCUUCGCGCCAGAGUAACCGCAACUCGCGCAUCUUGCCAGGCGCGACGCUUCUGAGCGACUGGGAGAGCCAGACGUUGACGAGGAGCAAGAGCGCGGGCGCAAUGUCCUCGGAGUGCAGAAGCAGGUUCCGGUUCAACCAGCUCACUCCGCCAGUCCCGAGACUCUCCUCGCCGAGCUCGGAUGACGCAAUGGCAGGGACGCUGCGACAACGACACUUGGUCAGCCCGGUCGUGACGCCGAAACUGGGCAGUCCGGAGGCGGAGCAGAUCGAGGCGCCAAGCAGUCCGCCGGUCGACUCGACGAAGAAGGAAGAGCAUCGAGGAAGGUCGUUGAGCGCUCUACUUGGACAGGCAAGAGCCAGCUUUGGGCUGCGAGGAUCGGUGUCGUCGAUGGAGGGUGCGGCAGGACAGCGGCGUCGGUCGAAGCUGUUCCCGCCGCAGUUCGAGGAGGUGCCAAUCACGCAUGCCAGGACGUCCGCCCAACCUCGAAGCAGCUACCCAAUCUCGCCCUCCUCGCCGAACACCCCUCCUCUCGGCUUCGACAGCUUCUCUUCCGCGGACUCAGCCGCGCCGCUCAGUCAGGAUCGACCAGAGUUGUUCAGCUUUGCCAACUACACCCUCUCGCCUGUUCCGCCACUCCAUCCUCGUCCAAGCGAUGCCUCAAUGCGGUCCAACUCGUCCUAUGCCACGGCCGGUCGCGCCGAACACUCUGCGGCUCCUCAGCCUCGACGACCCUCAACUACCGUCUUUGCCGAUCCUUGCCCACCUUCACUCCACGAUCCUUUCGCCAGCUUGCGGAAGAGCAAGUCUGUCGGCUCGCUUGUCUCGCCGCAGCCUCGCGUCUCGUCCUUGCAGGCAACGGCGACACCUAUCGGCGAGGGCUCGCCUCAUGUCUACGAUGAAUCUGAGCAGAGCGAUGACCGACCUGUCGGAAGUCCGCUGGGCGACCUCAUUGAGGAGCUGCGAGCGCGGCAGGCGGAGAUGAUGUCAGAAAGGGUGGCGUCGCCAAGUUGUCUGCAACAGCAGCUUGCGCAUGAGGAGGACGAAGAUGACGACAAGGAUGAGCGAGACGUGGACUCGCCCGUCGUCGGCCGACACGACUCGCACGACCGCUCGCUGCGCGAGUUCUCUUUCAGCAGUUCGCCCGGCAGCGAGCAUCCCUUCUCCUUGCACAGCUACCUCGACGGCAGUGCCAUCUCCCCGGCUCCGUUGUCUCUCGCUCCUUCACCUCUCCCCGGUUGCAAGUCGUCGGGCGACCCUUUCCUCCAGUCUUGA